AUGGCCGCGUGAGUCGAGUCAGAUGUUGUACAGUCGUGUCCUACAUUGUCGAACUGACCAAACCGACGAUCGACUUGUGUGGUUCCGUCGUGCAGCGCUGUUGUUGAUUGGGGUCGCAUCACGACCAAGCUUGGUCUGCACAAAGGUCCGUACUAGGCCGCUCAGACCACUCGUUUCGAAACUUUGAUCCUAUUCUAUACCCUAACAACCCUCUUGUACGCAACCCGCCCAUCGCUUCAUCAGAUACGUUAUCGGCGCUCUCCGCCUUCCGCCAACGAGCCGCCGCGGCGCGCACGGCGCAUACGACCUACUCCGCUCAAGCGCGCACGAUCGACUUUGAGCACUACCGCUCCGUGCUCAAGAACAAAGAGAUCGUCGCCGAGGGGGAAAAGUUGUUCAAGAGCUUCAAACCGGUCGAUUAUGACGUCCAGGCGCAGUUGAAGGCCAUCGCUGCGUUCGAGACCAAGGCUGUGAGUUUGGGGCGGUCGACGCUAAGGGGGGGGGGGGGGGGAGGGGGGCAUGAAUCGUCGGGUCAGGAGGGUCGGCGAUCUUAGAGAGGGUUAGAGGGUUGGGAGGGGGUGGGGUUCGGUGGAGCGAUUGGAAGGGAGCUGGAUCGUAGGGCGGUUACGGGAUGGGCGACGCCGAGGUCUGGGAUGGUCGUGGCCCCCUUACGCGCCGGCCAGCCUAGCCCAGGCUCGGAGGAGGCAUCCCGACCGACCGACCGACCGACCGACCACCGACCGCGCCGAGAGUGACUGAAUCUGCGGACCCAGUCGAGUGUGGCGCAAGAACUGACCACCUCCCUAUUCGGCUCACAUCAGGUUGCUUCGGCCAAGGAGACCGCCAACAAGAUCGACUCCGAGUUGGGUGACCUCAACUCGACCCUCAAGAACAUCGAGAACGCACGUUCGUUCGAUGAGUUGACCGUGAGCAUUCUUUUCAUUCUCUCCGGGCUGCUUCGGCGGGUGGCGCUGUACGGGUACGGGUCGAAUUGGCGUUGACUGAUGAUGUGUUGAAUUGUGUGCGUUGCUAGCUCGACGACGUGGCCAAGGCACGACCCGAGAUCACCAAGGCCGUCGAGACGAUGCUCAAGAAGGGCAAGUGGACCGUUCCCGGUUACACCGAGAGUGAGUUCUUCCCCCUUCAAAGCAUUGCAUCGUUACCCGCAACGACUCACCGAUGGUCUCGUAUUUAUUCUCAUAGAGUUCGGAGUGAGUAGAUCUUGGCGAGAUACAACAUCUGGGUAACCUUUACUGACCUUGUGGCUGGGCUCGUUCUGCUCCUAUUGCAUGUCACCCUCACAGAACUUGAGUGAGUAGCCUCGGGCCAUACCACCGAAGAGUAUAUCUCCAUGCUGACCCAUGUCUACUUUUCGCUGUAUUUAGGCGCCUUCUAAUUGCCGACAACCUCAAAAAGAAGCAUACUUUUCGUCGUGAUGGUUGGUGUAGUUGGAGUUUGAUUAGAAUGACCCGAGUUUUCCUCUCUGAACGAGGAACGGGGAGGGGGGAGGUCUCUUGGCAAUGCAGCAGUUGUGUUUUUUUUUCCUCGAAUUCGUCUUUGGGGCGAGGUGGGCUCCGUUGGGUGGGCGGAGAGCGAUUCGAGAAGUGGUGUGUGUUGUGUGAGACGCUGUGCAAUUGUGCGCUGGUAGCUCGACUCGGAUUGAUCGACGCCGACUGA